GUUAAUGUGUUAGUUGUACUGCUUUGGUACAGUUCGAAUAUAAAUUGACCAAUUUCCCCUGAAGGCAGCACUUUUCUUGGGAGCAGUAGCGGUAACUUUAGCUAAUCUCCGCUGGUAAAGUCGGAUAUUUAUCGCUUAUUUCGCUAUGAAUUUGUCUUUAAGUAUAAUAUCCUGCUUUUAUCUGCUACAUGCGGAAUAAUUGACUAUUUUUAAAGAUUAAAACCAGGUAACGGAAGUUUAAAAGCGGGAUUUUAUAACUGCGAAAUGCCUACGGAAAUUAAACAGAGGAAAAAGUCGCAGUCUCAAAAGCAAAACGAUGAAAUGCCGCAAAAUUCGCCCGCAAACGGUAAAGGUGAAGCACAGAAAGCGAAAACGGAGGACGGAGAGAAGAGUGGAGCAAAUAAAACGUCGUCAGGUCCAGACAUGAAAGGUUUGAUGUGUUUACUGUCGCUGGCAGCAUGCGGAGUUUUGAGCUGGCUGGUGCUGCAGCAGAACGAGAGGUUUUCUCUCAUGGAAGAAAAGUAUGAAGCUCUGCACGGGAAAACCUCCAGGCUGCUGGACAUGGAGGAAGAGAUGCUGCAAGUUUCCAAGAAGCUCGUUGCAUCCGAGGACGACCUUCGGGAGGCGCGCUCUGCCGCCUCCAUGGCAACCAGACUCCAGAAGGACGUCUCCGCCCUCCACGCCGUCGCCAUGGCGAUGCAGGCCGACGAGACCUCGGCGUCCCGCGACCUGCAGGCGGUCAACGCCCGCUUCCUGAACGUGACGGAGACGUGGCAGGAGCGGCUGGCCGCCGUCACCGCGGACCUGGCAGCCCUGAAGGCCGAGACACGGGAGGCGCACGCCGGCGCCACGGAGCGGGUGAACGAGGCCGAGCAGAGGGCCCGGGCGCUGGCGAAAAGGCUGGAGGAGCUGGAGGACAGCACGAAGAGGAACGCCCGCGUUCUGGAGCGGACGGAGGAGGACGACGCCAAGCGGGCGCAGGAGCACCUGGACUGGAACACCAAGCAGAUCCACAGGCUGCAGGAGCAGAUAGGCAGCCUGAGCAAAAGGGAGGCCCAGCUGACCUCUGAACUCCAGGAGCACAUCCCCCGAGCCCAGCAGUGCGAGGAGCAGCUGCCGAAGGUGGAGGAGGCGGUGCGCUCCAUCCUGAAGCUGAACGGCGACCUGAGCGGGGCGGAGAAGCGUUUGGAGGAAGUGACGCUGCAGGUGUUCGGCACCGAGGACAGCAUGCUGAAAGCUCUGAACGAGAUCCUGGACAUCAGGCAGGAGCUGGACCGCCUGCAGGCCCACAACAGCAUCCUGAAGAUGAAGAACGAGCUGUCCGUGGUCAAAGAGGCGGUCCGUGAACUCACCAUGGUACUGAGGGGAGACGGAGGAGGGACCCUGACCGACUCCGGCACUUUGGAGGAUGAGGAGUGGAAGGAUGAAGAGGAGGAGCCGUGGCUGGAGGAAGAGCUGAGCGAACCGACUGAACAUCAUCACGAUGACAUUCAGGGCUGAAACUGUUAAUCGGGAUUAAUGAGGCUUUACAGUUAAAACUCUAAAAAGUUUUUGUGAUACUUUUAGAACCAUUUUUGUUGCAGUCAAAGCUGAACUCAUCACCGAUCAGGUGGAUGCGCAGCGUUAGUUUUUUCUAGUUCUGAAACAAUUAAUUGUUGUUUUUUUUUGUUUACUUUUUUUAUUAAAUGAUGGUUAACUAAUUUCGCUGCAAAAACACAAAAUCUUACAACGUAUUUUUGGUCCAGUUUCGAGUGUAAAUAUCUCAGUAGAUUUAAAAAAGACAAACUUACAAGUUACUUUUUUAGCAAGAUAUUGUUUACUUAAAGCAUGUAAAUAAUUUCUUAAUAUUGAUGAAAAAUUAUUGGACAGAUUAUUUAAGACAUUUUCACAUGUUCCAAGUUAAUUUAUCUGGCAACAGAACAAGUUCUUUUUAAUCACUUUUUACUUAAAACAAGCCCCAAUAUCCUGCUGUGACGGGGUUCUUUUAUGACUUGGGCCACCACAAAAAAAUGACGGGCCAAGGCCAGGGAUUACUUUAGUGAGAUUUAUUUUUUUUAUCAGUGCAGUGAAUCAACAGUGGCAAAUGCAUAAUAUUUACAAAAAUGUCCAAGAUGACUUAAAAAUCAACACAGCACAGCAGUACCUUCAAGUCGCAGCUCAUCACCUCCAAUGUGACACUUCUCACGCCUAGGUGCAGACUGCCCUCUAUGAAACAGAGCCCUGCUUUUAUAGCUACAGGCUCCGCCCAGAGGAAGUCCCAUCAAACAAAACUAAACUAAACAAAACAAAAACUAAACAAUUAUUUCUAACUCAAAUCCUUAAAAUAACAAUAAGAAACAAUAAGGAAGAAAAAAUAAAUACAUUUAUAAUCAAAAUACA